GGACCCAGAUUUUACAAUGCUAAACUCCAUCUGAGCUACCUCUUAAUGGAACGCCUGUUCAAGAUCUUUAUCUACAAGGAAGGAGAGUCGCCGAUAUUUCACAAUGGUCCUUGCAAGAGCAUUUACUCUAUGGAGGGAGUCUUCCUUAGCGUAAUGGAAACAGAUACCAAAUUCCAGACCUGGGAUCCCCGUGAAGCUCAUGUCUUUUUUCUUCCCUUUAGUGUCGUGAUGAUCAUAGAGCUCCUCUUUGAUCCAAUUAUUCGCGACAAAGCUGUGCUAGAGCGCAUUAUCGUUGAUUAUGUCCACCUGAUAUCGCACAAGUAUCCAUACUGGAAUAGAAGCCUCGGAGCCGAUCAUUUCAUGCUUUCCUGCCAUGACUGGGGGCCACGGGCAACAUGGUAUGUUCCACAGCUAUAUUUCACUUCCAUUCGGGUACUAUGCAAUGCGAACACCUCCGAGCACUUUAAUCCAAAGAAAGAUGCAUCAUUACCUGAAAUCAACCUGGUAACGGGGGAGAUUGCGAAUCUCACAGCUGCUGGUGGAUCGCCCCCGUCUAAUCGCAUAAUUCUAGCCUUCUUUGCAGGUGCAAUGCAUGGAAGAAUAAGACCAGCACUUUUCCAUCACUGGAAGGACAAAGACAAAGACGUACAAGUAUAUGAAAAACUUCCCGAAGGACUCUCAUACCAUGAGAUGAUGAAGAAAAGCAAGUACUGCAUUUGUCCCAGUGGGCAUGAAGUUGCCAGCCCAAGAAUUGCUGAAGCAAUUUACGCAGAAUGUGUUCCAGUGUUAAUAUCACAACAUUAUGUCCUCCCAUUUAGUGAUGUUCUUAACUGGGAAUCAUUCACCGUUCGGGUGUCAGUGGAUGAAAUACCAAACCUCAAGAAAAUCUUACUGGAGAUUCCUGAAGAUAUGUACGUACGUAUGCAGAAGAGAGUGAAGCAGGUCCAACAACAUUUUGUGGUAAACGAUCCUCCCAAGAGAUACGAUGUCUUCCAUAUGAUAAUUCAUUCGAUUUGGCUGAGAAGAUUGAAUUUUCAAAUCAAUAUGUGAUUCUGCAGGUUCUCAUAUGACAUAAUCAAUUUCAAUUUGAUCUAUCUGUAUAUGAACAUGUACGUACAAAUCCAGAUAGA